CACAUUAAAUGAGUCGUGGCCUCCGCCUUCACCUUCCUUUAAGCACUCUGUGUAACCCUAAGUUGAAUUGCAGCGAAAUCCACAUAAAUACGUGCGAUUAAAAGCAGGUUUUCUAUUAAUUGUUAAACAGUGCUCUCACGUGCAUCAACUCCCGCUCCGAGAGAAGUGACUUAAAAUCACCUAAACGCAAAAUGUCUCAGCAACCUGUUGCAUUCCUGACCCGACGCGAGACGUUCAGUGCCUGCCAUCGUUUGCAUAGUCCCCAAUUGAGCGAUGCUGAAAAUUUGGAAGUCUUUGGCAAAUGCAACAAUUUCCAUGGGCAUGGACACAAUUAUACAGUUGAAAUCACUGUACGAGGACCAAUUGAUUCCCGCACCGGCAUGGUCUUGAACAUAACCGAACUGAAAGAAGCCAUUGAGACGGUCAUAAUGAAGCGUCUGGAUCACAAGAAUCUCGACAAGGAUGUGGAAUACUUUGCAAAAACGCCCAGCACCACAGAGAACUUGGCCGUUUAUAUUUGGGAUAACAUAAGACUUCAGCUUAAGAAACCGGAGCUGCUCUAUGAGGUCAAAAUUCAUGAGACACCAAAGAACAUUAUUACCUAUCGUGGUCCUUACUUAUUAAACGGUAUCUAUAAUCCCAUAAACAAACGCAUAGCCCACGACUCGUGUACUAACAUAUCAUCGGAUUCCGAUUAACGAGAGAAUUGGCGAUAUUCCGCCCUACUUCAACACAUUGCCUGACGAAUUUGCUAAUUUUGGACCAAUGCUCGUAGAAAACAGAUAUUUAGUUAUACGAAUUACCAAGUAUAUAGAUUUUUAUACGUACAUACGUACAUAUAUAUGGAGUUAUGUUGAAUUAAAUUUUAAACACUAUAUAUACAAAUACAUAUUUAUCAGGAUCUGUAA